GGCAGUUACAGGUUAGAUUGUAAGUCUGUCAAAAGAAUUUGUUUUCUUCAAAUUCAAAUACACGUGUUUUGGACUGAAGUGUGCCAGUAGGGUUACAGUGUUAAAAUAUUGUUGCUGGUGACAAUAUAUAUUAUUAGGAAUAAAAGUUUAAUCAAUAAGUGAUUAAAAUGGCUGAACAUGUGCAAAUUCACAUGGAACGGAUGGUGGAGGAGUUUGAGGAGAUGGCAAGAACUGAAAUAUUUUCAGAUGAAGAAAUAAGAGUAAUAAAGAAUAAGAGAGAAAACUUUGAAAACAAAGUAUGUGGUAUGACUUCACACUCACUGCUAGGCUUUAGAAGUUACAUUGAGUUUGAGUAUAACAUUUACAAACUUAUAAAAGCCAGAAGAAGCAAAUUAAAGCAGGGUGAGAAAAUAAAAUCUAUAGAUCAAAAGAUCUUGAAGAGGGUUGCAAAUUUGUAUCUGAGAGCCAUCAAGUUAUACCCUGAAAAGGAUAUAGAAUUGUAUUUUGAUUAUUUCAACUUCUGUCAUACAACAAAAUAUGUUGGAAAUGUGGCACAUAUCUGCUCGCAGCUGAUUCAGUGUCACAGCAAGAAUGAAAAUGCUUGGUUGACAGCAGCCCAAUGGUACAUGUAUAGUAAACACAAGAAUGUGGAUCUUGCUAUCAAGACAUUGCAGAAAGGAAUUGUUAUGAUUCAAACUAGCAAAGUAUUGUACAAGAAAUGCAUUCAAUUUGAAUUAGCUGCACUCGAAAAAAACUCUGAUGAAGAAGCUGAAGCUCUUUUAAAUAAGAAAAUAAAUAUAUAUUUUGAAGAUAUAGUAUCUAAAAUACCUGAAGUUCAAUUCUAUGUAGAUAUUUUUUUUAUGUUAAAAAAUUAUGCAAAAACAGUGCCAGCUCAGCUGAAAAUAGUUGAAUAUUUGCAGAAAAAUCACUCAGAUAAAGCCGUUACUUGGCACGUAUUAGCGGAAAACUCUAAGCGUGAGGAACCUGAGAAAACGUUCGAAGAAAAAUUAGGAUCUUCUAUAACGAAUUACAAAGAGGGAUUGGAAAAAUUAGAGAGUGAGGAAAAAGCAAAGCUGUGGAAUUACUAUUUGAAUUCUUUACAUGGAUUGUGUAAAAAGAAAGACAAUUUAGAAAUUAUAAAACCUGUAAUGGUUAAUGCAUUUAAAGAAGCAAGUAAUGAAAAUGUCUGUACGGAAUCACAUUAUAUCAAUUGGUUGAACAUAUCUACAGAUGUUGAGGGGAAAGAGAUAUUGGAAAUGGGCACAAAAAAACUUCCCAAUUCUGUAGAUUUAUGGCUGCUUCGUUUACGUUUCUGUAUAUUAAGUAAAGAUGACAAGAUGAAAGUAGUAAACGUAUUUGAAUCUGGCGUUGAAGCUUUAAAGUCAGAUUCGUUUAAACUAUGGCUCACCAUGUCUGAUUACUAUCCAGCAAAUUGUGAUGAGGUGGAAACUGAAGACUUCUUCAGGGGAGCAAUUAAAGAAUUCCCAGUUGUUUUUAAAGUAAAAUAUAUAGAAUGGUUAGCGCAAUUUAAAACAAUUGAUGAAUGCAGAGAAGCAUAUCGACAAAUGAAAGAUAAACCCUAUUCGAAAGAAUUAUUUCUUGCUAUAUGCAAUAUAGAGAUGAAGCAAUCUGAUGGAAAUUAUGUUGAAUGGGAAAAGGUUUAUGCGAUAGCCUGUGCAGAAUUCGGGAAAAACAAUAUCGAUAUUUGGUUGAAUUAUAUUAGAUUUUACAUGUUUCAUAAUAAAGUGAGCAACGCGAAGGAAUGCAUUUUUAAAGUUAUGGAAGACGCGAAAAAGAAUUUGAACGACGAUUUGUAUACUGAGUUUAAACGACAAUUUGAUGAUUUAUAUGAGGAGUAUUGUAUGGAAUAAAUAUAGAACAUUUAAAAAUAUAUGUAUAUUUAAGUAUUUGCGUUUAUUUAUUCAACACUAAAGGUAUGGAGGAGAAAAAAUAUUUA